UCUUAAACCCCUUGCGAAGAAUCCAGAAACCCUAAAUCCCAAUCCCAUAAAUGCCUGAGUCACCCCGUUCAGAAUCCCCAUUUCAUUUUCCUGUCUUUCCUUGCUAAGUGUGGAUACUGAAGAUAAAACAAUGCCCCCCAAACGCCCAUCUCUCCUCGAAGAGCCACCAACCGCUUCUUCCUCUUCUGACGAGGAAGAAGAAGAAGAAGAAGAAGUAGAAGAAGGUCAAGAUCCGGAAGAAGAAGAAGAAGAAGACGACGAUGAUGACAAUGAUGAUGAGGGCGAAGAAGAAGACGAGCAAGUGAAAAAGCCUCCUGUCAAGGCCGUCCAUCCUCCUACUCCAAGUUCUGGAUCCGGCCCUGAUGCUCAGUCCUCGGAGUCGGAAGACGAUGAAGAUUCUGGUACCGAAUCCGGCUCUGAUUCUGAAUCUCCAGAAGAGCCCACUCGCCCUUCCCGCAUUGUUGAUCCCAACAUAAAAGCUAUUUCCUCCAAGCCCAUGGACAACGGCCUUAAGUCCAAGAACCCUGCGACGAAGCCCUCUGCUGCUCCCUCUCCGGCGACCCCUCCCGGUAAGUUUACGGUCGCAGCUAAGCGCCCUGCCGAGUCAGACAAGGAUGGGAGAAAGGAUUCCAAGAGAGGGAAGAGGAAGCAUUCGGAUGAAGAGGAGGACGCUGGUGUAUCUGACGAUGCUGAGAAGAAACCUGGGGAAGAUAGGAAGAAGCAGAUGUUUCAAAGGGUGUGGACAGAGGAUGAUGAGCUUGCCAUCUUGAAGGGCAUGCUUGAUUACUACUCCAAGAAAGGGACCGUCCCAUCUGCCGACAUGAAUGUCUUCCAUGAGUACAUCAAGAAAUCCUUCCAUGUCGAGUUCUCCCGGAAUCAGCUGGCUGACAAAAUCCGUAGGCUGAGGAAGAAGUAUCAGAACAAUGUCGGCAGGGGGAAGAACCCGAUUUUCUCAAAGCCACAUGAACAGAAGGCCUUCGAGCUAUCCAAGAAGAUAUGGGGCGAUAGUGCUGCUAAUGAUAUUGUCAGUGAUCAGACUGUUUGCAAUGGAAAUUUGGGUAAUACGUCUCGUAAACCUAAAAAAGUUGUUGGUUCGCUGCUGUCAAAGGCUAUUUUACUUGGGUUAGCAGAGGAGGAAAUCGAUUGGUCUUUAUAUCCACAUUUGGCCGAGUCAUUCCAGACUAAGAAAGAGGCGUGGAUGAUGUACAUGCCAAAUCUGGAGGACAGUUUUGUGGAACAAGGUGCCUGUCUGUUGGGUAGUGCGAAAUUGAAAGAACUGGAACAUAAUUGGAGAAACUUGCGAAUGGCGGAGCUUGAUCUUCUUUGCAAGCGUAUGGAGUUAAUGCGGGAGCAGGUGAAGCUUUUUCAGGAUGCAUGCAAUUCAAGAAAAUGAUAGGGUUAUUCUCAGGUAAUUGGUUGUUUUUGGGGCAUUUCUAAUUGACGUAGGAAAGAAGGAUGGUAGGUUUUUAGAGGGGUUAUUGAUAAUCUUUGAGGUUUCAAUCAUGCCAGGAGAGUAUAGGAAUUAAGUUCUCCUUCAAACUUGGAGUAACUAAUUGUCAUCUUUCGCAGUUGUUCUGACAGGGAAUAUUUUUGUUCUCCGAUUGAGGUUCUAUGGCAUUAUACUCUUUACUUGGUGUUUGGAUCUA